ACUCUGAUGUUGAUAAAGGAGAUGGUUCCAUCAAAUACAUCUUGUCAGGCGAAGGGGCAAGUUCCAUUUUCAUUAUUGAUGAGAACACGGGGGAUAUUCAUGCUACAAAGAGGCUGGAUCGAGAAGAGCAGGCCUACUACACACUCCGAGCACAAGCACUAGAUAGGCUGACUAAUAAACCCGUGGAACCAGAAUCUGAGUUCGUCAUUAAGAUUCAGGACAUCAAUGACAAUGAGCCAAAGUUUCUGGAUGGUCCUUACACUGCUGGAGUUCCCGAGAUGUCUCCUGUGGGUACCUCUGUGGUUCAAGUGACAGCCACUGAUGCAGAUGAUCCUACUUACGGCAACAGUGCUCGAGUGGUUUACAGCAUAUUGCAAGGGCAACCUUACUUUUCUGUGGAGCCAAAAACAGGUGUUAUCAAGACUGCCCUUCCGAACAUGGAUAGAGAAGCCAAGGACCAAUACCUACUAGUUAUUCAAGCAAAGGACAUGGUUGGGCAGAAUGGUGGAUUAUCAGGGACUACAUCUGUAACUGUCACUCUGACUGAUGUUAAUGACAACCCACCCCGGUUUCCAAGACGAUCAUAUCAGUAUAAUGUCCCAGAGUCUUUGCCAGUGGCUUCUGUGGUGGCCAGAAUAAAAGCUGCAGAUGCAGAUGUGGGACCUAACGCUGAAAUGGAGUAUAAGAUUGUGGAUGGUGAUGGCUUGGGAGUAUUCAAAAUCUCUGUCGACAAAGACACCCAGGAGGGAAUCAUAACAAUUCAGAAGGAGCUGGAUUUUGAAGCUAAGACAAGCUAUACCCUGCGGAUAGAAGCAGCCAAUAUGCAUGUUGACCCUCGCUUCCUAAGCCUGGGACCCUUCAGUGACAUGACAACGGUGAAGAUCAUUGUAGAAGAUGUUGAUGAGCCACCUGUGUUUACUUCACGUUUGUACUCCAUGGUGGUGUCUGAAGCAGCAAAGGUCGGCACUAUCAUUGGAACUGUAGCAGCCCAUGAUCCAGAUGCCUCAAAUAGUCCUGUCAGGUACUCAAUAGAUCGAAACACAGACCUGGAGAGGUAUUUCAAUAUUGAUGCCAACAGUGGAGUCAUUACAACUGCCAAAUCUUUGGACAGGGAAACGAAUGCUGUUCAUAAUAUCACAGUUUUGGCUAUGGAGAGUCAGAAUCCAGCACAGAUUGGGAGAGGCUAUGUAGCCAUCACUAUUCUUGACAUAAAUGACAAUGCCCCUGAGUUUGCCAUGGAGUACGAGACAACUGUCUGUGAAAAUGCUCAGCCUGGUCAGGUCAUCCAGAAAAUCAGUGCAAUUGAUAAAGAUGACCCACCAAAUGGCCAUCAGUUCUACUUCAGUUUAACAGCAGAGGCAGCAAAUAAUCACAAUUUUACACUGCAGGACAACAAAGAUAACACUGCAACAGUAUUAACAAGAAGAAAUGGGUUCCGAAGACAAGAACAAUCUGUUUUCUACUUGCCAAUAUUCAUUGUGGACAGUGGAUCACCUUCACUUAGUAGCACUAAUACCCUCACCAUUAGAGUCUGUGAUUGUGAUGCAGAUGGUAUUGCUCAGACAUGCAAUGCAGAAGCAUAUAUCUUGCCUGCAGGACUCAGCACUGGAGCUCUGAUAGCAAUCUUGGCUUGUGUCUUGACACUGCUAGUUCUUGUCUUGCUGAUUGUCACCAUGAGGCGACGGAAAAAAGAACCCCUCAUUUUUGAUGAAGAGAGAGAUAUCAGAGAGAACAUUGUCAGGUAUGAUGAUGAGGGUGGUGGAGAAGAAGACACCGAGGCAUUUGACAUGGCUGCCUUGAGAAACCUCAACAUUAUCCGAGACACGAAGACCAGAAGGGAUGUGACACCUGAGAUUCAAUUCUUGAGCAGACCAACUUUUAAAAGCAUCCCAGAUAACGUCAUUUUUAGAGAAUUUAUCUGGGAAAGACUAAAAGAAGCUGACGUGGACCCCUGCGCGCCACCCUACGACUCCCUGCAGACAUAUGCAUUUGAGGGGAACGGCUCAGUGGCAGAGUCACUCAGUUCUUUAGAUUCGAUCAGCUCAAACUCUGACCAGAACUAUGAUUACCUCAGUGACUGGGGCCCUCGUUUUAAAAGGCUUGCAGAUAUGUAUGGGACUGGACCAGACUGCUUAUACUCAUAGCCUUGGAACCUUUCUCUGAAAAUGCACUGAAGAAUACUGAAACAGAAAACUCAACCUUACAGAC